AUGAAUAUUGCUGCUCUUGUAGGUUUAACGGUACUAAUUUUUACCCGGCCACUUCAAUGCUGCUUACAGUCAUCCAAGAAAUCCCACUCCGCGAAGAGGUCAGUCCCUCUGCCCCAGUUGCCACUUGAGAAGUACAGAAACGAAUACAAGAAGAGUCUGCAAAAAUGGGGCCAGCCAACACCAUCAAUGACAUACCGCAUCCCAAGAUCUAACUGCACGCUUUGUGGACGCAGGGGCGUGGACGGCAACUUUCAUAGCAUCAUCCACGGGCAAGCUGCCCCAGAAAAGUUUUACCCCUGGCAGGUUUUCAUCAGAGGCAGGAAAAACUUUUGCGGAGGAGCUCUUAUUGGACCCCGCUGGGUUCUGACAGCCGCGCAUUGCAUAAAUGCCACGGUGUAUGUGUUACUAGGAACAACAAACAUUGUCAAUUAUUCCUCUACCGCCGUUGUUCGCAGGGCAGAUAGGGAAAUUAUCCACCACGAGUUUAACGGUGUACACCACGAUAUCGCUUUAAUUAGAUUAGCCCUUCCGGUAAGUUACAAUAACUACAUCAGACCCAUCUGCAUUCCGAGGAAAAUAAUAGAUUUUAGCAAGUCCAGCGAGUGUUACGUAACUGGGUGGGGAUUAAAACAACAGGAUUCAAAGACAGCCAAGCUGCUGCAAGAAGUUAAGGUUCGACUGAUGCGCCAUUCAGAAUGUUUCACGCGAUGGAUGAUAGCUAGAACACUCAUUAAUUAUGGUCAGAUGUGCACAGACCUAGAUAGGGCCGACCCAGACGCUGGAGCUUGCUAUGGGGAUUCAGGGGGUCCGCUUUCCUGCCGUGUGGGCGAUAGCUUUUAUGUAGCGGGAAUUGCUAGUUUGGUUCAAAGUAAAUGUCGAAAAACCAUUCUCCCAGACCUGUAUGUUAAAGUUUCUUAUUAUCGAACAUGGAUCAGGCUGACAAUUCUAGCCGAUGGUGAUGCAUAA